CCCGAGUAACUGAUCUGAGUUUUGUUUUAGUGAACAAGCAGAAAAGCCCAUCCUAAACCAGCUCUUUAAAUAUUUACACAGAGGGCUCUCAUCACAUUUCCACCCCUUCAUGCUGUCCCCAUGUUCGGCCAAUGGGAGGGACUAAACGAGUGCAUCACCUCAACUACAGGGUGACAUUUUCACACUGGUUGGAAAACGAUGAAAUAAUGGUGUGAAAUGCGCAGAUUUUGACACAAAUGUUUGGAGUGUGGAUGUGGACUGGGCUGCGGCUGUAAUUAAACACGAGGAGCUUGACCUUUCUACAAUAGCGCCAUGUCUGGUCCAGAUGAUGAGAUCGAGCCUGCAGCUGUGAGCUCAGCUGUACCGCGCCUCAACAAGAGGCGCUUCUCGCACGACCGCUAUGACCUGAAACUAGAUGAACUAGACAGCCUCCUAAAAAAAACCGAGGGCCGUCCUUUUACAAUAAUUCAUCGUCUGCCUGAAAUUAAAGAAAUGGAUCUACCUUACUUAAUGCCUGGUACUCCUAUUACAUGCAAUGUGGACAACACAGAGAAACACACUAGUCGAUCAAAGGUGCGUGUACGAAACCUGUACACGGUGAAGUUAACUCAUGGACCCUUUCACUGGGUAGUAAAGCGGAAGUACAAGCACUUUCAGGAGCUUCACCGAGACCUUUACAAACACAAGAUGAUGCUUCACUUUAUACCCACUAGAAGGGCUGAGAAGGAAAGGCAGCAGCUGAGGGAAAUGUCAGAGGAAAUGCCCAGCCUACAUGGGACAGAACGCGCGAGAGGAGCCUCAAGCAAAACGAAAUACCUUGAAGAGUACCUGAACAAUCUGCUGGAGAACGGAUUCUGUAGAAAUGAUCGCAGCAUGCUUGAAUUCCUCUCCGUCGGUGCUCUCUCCUUUGUCACUGAUCUGGGACCAAAAGGCCUGGAGGGGCCGAUCAUUAAGAGGUCGGGUGGUCAUCGUGUUCUGGGUCUGAACUGCAUCGGCCACCAUCGGGUGUGUUUUAGCUGGUCGCACCGAUGGCUGGUGGUCAAAGACUCCUUCCUUUUGUAUAUGAGCCGUGACAACAGUGAAAUCAACUUCGUGCUGCUUUUUGACCCCGAGUUUGAGGUGAAAGUGGAUAGUGCAGAGACUGGAACAGAGUACGGAGUCUGCAUUAAGAACUUCACACGGGACUUGAUCAUCAAGUGCAGAAGCUACAGACAAAGCCAGUGGUGGACUCAUGAAAUCAACCAGCUGGCUCAGUCCUGUGACUUUCUGAAAGUCCACCGCUUCCAAGGCUUUGCUCCACCGCGAGAAGACACUCUUACUAAAUGGUAUGUGAAUGGGAAAGAUUACUUUGCAGACCUGGCUGAUGCCCUUGAAGAAGCAAAGCAGGAGAUUUUCAUCACAGAUUGGUGGCUGAGCCCGGAAAUUUUCCUAAAGAGACCUGCCACUGACAACUGCUGGAGACUGGAUGAGAUACUGAAACGGAAAGCAGAACAAGGAGUCAAGGUUUGUGUCCUGCUUUACAAGGAGGUGGAGAUGGCACUUGGCAUCAAUAGCGACUACAGCAAACGGAGUCUGAUGAACAUGCACCCAAACAUCAAGGUGAUGCGACAUCCAGACCACGUUUCAUCUGCGGUGGUCUUGUGGGCUCACCAUGAGAAGAUGGUUGCCAUCGACCAGACGGUGGCGUUUGUUGGGGGACUCGACCUGGCGUUUGGGAGAUGGGACGACAGAGAGUAUCGGCUGGCCGACCUGGGUCAGGCAGAAAUGCUAAACGGGGACACGGGGGAGCAUUCAAACAAAGAUGCAACUGACAAUGGUGUGGCUGAUGGCCAGAAUGCAGGUAACCAAAYAAAACAGAAUCCAACUAACCUGGCUGGUAACACUAAACUGUGGCUUGGCAAGGACUACAGCAACUUCAUCAAGAAAGACUGGACCCUGCUGGACAGGCCUUUUGAAGACAACAUUGACCGCACUAAAGUUCCUCGCAUGCCUUGGCGUGACCUGGCUACAGCUGUGCACGGCAAAGCUGCCAGGGAUGUUGCYAGACACUUCAUUCAGCGCUGGAACUUUACUAAGAUCUUCAAGGUCAAGUACAAGGAUAACUUCUACCCCUAUCUUCUCCCCAAGUCUCACACUGAGGCAGACUUGUUGCCAUUUAUUGUUCCUGGAUCCCAGAAAGCCAAAGUUCAGGUGCUGCGCUCUUCCGAACGCUGGUCAACCGGAAGCAGUGAGAACUCGAUCCUUCAGGCUUACAUACACACCAUUGAGAACAGCGAGCACUACAUCUACAUUGAGAACCAGUUCUUCAUCAGCUGUGCRGAGGACAAGGUCGUCCAAAAUAAGAUCGGGGAUGCAAUCGUAGAUCGAAUCCUGCGAGCACACAGAGAGCAGAAGAAGUACAGGGUGUUUGUGGUGAUUCCUUUGCUUCCUGGCUUCGAGGGAGACAUUACCACUGGAGGUGGAAAUGCAAUUCAAGCCAUUAUGCACUUCACUUACAGGACUAUGUGCCGYGGAGAUCACUCGAUUCUGUCAAGGCUCAGUGAGGUGAAGGACCAGUGGACUGAGUACAUCACAUUUUGUGGCCUCAGAACGCAUUCCCGGCUCUCCGAGAAGCUGGUCACAGAGCUGAUUUACGUUCACAGCAAGGCGCUCAUUGCUGAUGACCGCCGAUAUAUAAUUGGAUCAGCCAACAUCAAUGACCGCAGCAUGCUGGGCAGCCGAGACAGCGAGCUGGCAGUGCUGGUGGAAGAUGAAGAGAGGGUCCCAUCCGUCAUGGGAGGACAGGAAUACGAAGCAGGACCGCUUGCGCUUGCUCUGCGCAAAGAGUGCUUCAGGGUUCUGACUGGAGCAACUUCAGACCCCAGCAUCAACAUUGACGACCCAAUCAGCGACGACUUCUUCUUCCUYACUUGGAAUGAAACGGCAAAACGUAACGCCAUCAUUUACGACAAGGUUUUCAGAUGCCUUCCCUGUAACAGUGUUCACAACUUGCUUCUGCUGAAGAACUACGGCUCUCUAGAACGCCUAUGCGACACAGACCCCGAGCAGGCGGCAGAGGAGCUGAAGGCCAUCCGAGGACUGCUGGUUCACUUUCCGUUGAAAUUCCUGUGCGAGGAAAACCUGCAGCCUCCUCGGAACAGUAAAGAAGGGAUGGCUCCUACAGACCUUUGGACGUAACCACAUGUCUGUCUAGAUCAGGCCACUACAACACUGAUACAAUCGUUGCUAACCUGUACCUAAAUCCCAGCACACAAAACGAACUGUAACACCAGCUCCCACAUUAAAACAGUUUAUGGGUCGAUCCUAAA